GGACCUAAUGGACGGCGCGUGAAGUACAGUUUUGGGAAAGGGGGGUGUAAGCUAAGAGGCAGGAGGUAAGAAGGCUAUUGUCACUUUUGCGGACAUCAAUAUGGCUGCAAGUAUACGGGAUAUUAGCCAGUUGUCAUUAUCACGGCAAUAACCUCGUGGCUUGUGAUAUCACGUAGUUUUAUUCAAGUGAUCUUUUUUAUAAAAAAAAUGCCAGAUUGCAUUGUAACUGGUUGUAACAACCGAUCAACACAAGUGCGCAAAACAAAAAAANAGCUGGAUUUAGAAAAAACCGUUCACAUCACAUUCCACAAAUUACCAAACAAUGAAGAAAAAAGAAAAGUAUGGAUAGACAAUUUGCAAUUGAAUCAAUGCAAGCUUUACAAAGGAUGCCGUGUAUGCUCGCAACAUUUUGGAGAAGAGAUGUUUGAUAGAACAUCUGCAUGUGGUCGUGUUCGGUUGAAACCAGAUGCAAUUCCAUACUCAAGCGAGGAAACUGUUUCAACUAGGACGAAAGAUACUCGUNUAAAUGUAACUGACGAAAUUCUUCCAGUUACAAGAAAAAGAACUGUAGAGAAUAGUAUAGAUGUGACGGACACAAGUGAACCAAAACGUCGGAUUAUCUCUAAUUCUUCACUUACGAUCAAGCAAGAAUCUGAAGAAAUCAUAGUCGAACGACCUUCCACACCUAAACAGUAUAUUGAUUGUGCAACAUCUGUAUCUCCGACACUUGGCGAAAAUUCACCAAGAAAGAUUUUUCUGCGUACAGUUAUAGAAAAUCAAAAACAAGAAUACAGGAAGAAAAUUUACACACUGCAGCAAGCAAACCGACGAAAGGACCAGCAUAUCAAUCAAAUGCAGGAAAUCAUUUCAGGAUUAAAAAAGAAGAAUUUCAUGCCAAGUGAGCAAUUACAAGUGUUAGAUGAUUUGGGAAAAUGCAACGCUGAUUUAUUAAAACGACAAUAUUUCAAAACCCAAAAAAAAUCACUGCCUAGGCAAUAUAGUCCUGAAUUAAGACGCUUUGCCAUAACGUUAAACUUAUUUUUAACUUUUAGUUUCAUUAGUUGAAUACAACGUACGUGUCAUGUAUAAUCAUAAAGCUAAUUAUAAUUAGCAUAAUAACUUUUAUUUAUUUUUGUAAACUUGUAUUUGUGACACACUUGUGAUAAAUAAAAUAUUGAUAUAAUUUA